AUGUUUUGGGCGCUUGCUGCGCUGGGUCUUCUCCACGAGCCAUUGCUGGAUGCUUUAGGCGAGCGCACCCUGCAGAAAGUUGAGCAGCUGAGGCCGCAGCACUUAGCGAACAUCUCCUGGGGCUUGGGCUGCUUGCAGGUGACCUGCAGGACCCUCCAGGAGCUCGACCCACAGGAGCUCUCCAAUGUGCUUUGGACCUUUGCAACGCUGCUGACCUUGGAUGAUCCGCUGUUUGAAGCUGCAGGUCGGCAAGCCAUUGGCCUCAUUGAGGCAUUUGACGCACAGAAUGUGUCCAACAGCUUCUGGUCCUUUACAUCUGUGGUGCUGCAGGAUCCGCCACUACUGGAGGCCUUGUGUGGACGAGCUGCCGUGCUGAUGGAUCAGCUCACUAUGCAGCAGUUGGCCAAUGUCGCAUGGUCAUUUGCCACCAUCUCGGUGUGUCAUCACCCGCUUCAUGACUUCAUGGCCCGUCGGGCGCAGGAGCUGUUGAGGGCGGAGGAUCCUGGCAACUCGAGACUGCUGGUGAAUGUUUUGAUGCACUGGGGCUCCACCUUCAGGGUCGCCGCUGGGGGCCAGCGAAGCAGUGGACCCGCCCCACCCACCGCUGAGCCACAGCCAAGCCUUGUGAGCGUGAUGAGGGGCAUGUGCUUGGUGAUGAAGCCUGCGGGAUGGGAAGUGGACAGCGAGGCACAGUUUUGGACCGGUCUGCCAGAGAACACCAUGGUGGACUCAGUGGACUUUGGGAAAGGCUUCAUCCACCGGCUCGACACGCCCAGCUCGGGGCUGAUCUUAGCGGCCACCAGCUUCCAUGGCUACUGCUGUCUCGAAUGGCAGAUGUACACAUACCAGAUCGUGCGAGACUAUGUGGUUUUGAGCCAUGACUUGGUGGCCCCACCGCUGCAACUCAUACAGCGCCGUUUGCUAGACCGUCCCACCGUCGUGGUCUCCGAGCGGGGUCGCCCGGCCGAGUCCUCCGUGCGUUUGCUGGCCCACUGGGAGCGAGGCGCUGCGUCGCCCUCGUCCCUGCUGGCGAUCCGCAUCCACACAGGGCGACGGCAUCAGAUUCGCGCGCACCUGCAGAGCUCAGGGGCGCCAUCGGUGGCAGACCAUCGCUAUGGUUUCACCCAGGUCGUUCUCAGGUCCAAAGGCGGCCGAAGCAUCUUCGUGGAGGAAGGCACCACCAUUUGGGAGGGUCGGAACCUGCUGGCGAUCACCACUGUCUUCGUGUGCUCCAGGUUGGUAAGCUUCCUUCGUGCUGGGUCGUCUACAGGGCAUCUGGUCAGGACCCUCAUCAUUAUUUUCUGGGAUAUGUCCAGCUUCUUCUGGGUGAUGUCGGUGAUGCUGCUGACCUUUGUUUUCGCCUUCCAACUGCUUUAUGACCAGCCCUUCACCUUCGAAGGUUUGGGUGCCACCAUGUGGUACGUGUACAUGCAUGGCAUCUUUGGCGAUGCGGAUGACGUGGUGCAACAACCUAGACAUGACGACAACUCUGGAUCCUUGACUGCGCGCCUGCUGCUUGUCAUCUGUGUCGUUGUGAUGCUGGUGGUGAUGAUGAACUUUCUCAUUGCCAUCAUGAGUGACAGCUAUGACAAGGUGCAGGAGAGCGCGGAAGUGGCACGGAACGUCAUGCGACUGGAGCUGGUCUAUGAGGCCGAAGUGGCCAACAUCGUUCGGCGGUGCCACCGGACGGCGAAGUGGCCGCCGAAGGCCUACGUCUUCACUUGCCAGGGGGUGCGCUACGCCGGUGGGGGUCACCAGGCCACCCAGCAGGAGAACAGCCGCUGGGAAGGCCGAGUGAGGCAGGUGGAGAAAGUUGUGCGGCGUGAGAAUCGGCACACCUGCCAGGUAUUGAUGGAGCAGGCCGCGCAGCUGGAAACGCUGGAUCAUCGCAUCCACGCCUUGGAGUCUCACGUGAACCAGGGUCAUGGCCGUUUGCAAGACACCCUGGAGCGUUUGGUGGACCAGCUGAAGCGCCUCAUCCCGGAGCCCCGUGCAGGCGUGGGUGCCGUGUCGCGGGCGCAAGCGGGCGCAAGCGGGCGCAAGUCGCACGCGGUCUGUGGCACUGUCCACGACUUGGCGCUUCGCAGUGCUGGCUACCUCCCGCCGCAAAGCAUCGGCGUUGGCAGCCUCCGGGACAUGAGGGACGCCCGCGAUGCACGCGAUGCACGGGAGGUCCAAUGGGAAUGGGAGGUCUGUGGGUUCUGUGAAGAAUUGUGGCCAAUUUGGGGCCCCGAAGCACCAGAGAAAGAAUUGAACUAG